UUUAUUUGUUCAACUUCAGUUGCAUUCCACAUUUCUAAUCGCUAGCUAGUUCCACACUAUCUGCCUGCGGUAUGCUUAAAUCUCAUCCCAACUAUUAAAAGAAAAUUAUGCCUCAGCGACUUAUUCUUAUAUACAUGUUUCUGACGCAGCUAAACACGCGGGAAGAUCCAUCCUGAGUGAUGUAAGAGAGAAAUCCUCUCGAAGUGUGUGUCUGUGCGAACUUUUAUUCAGAUUUUGUUUGUUGAGGGAUUCUCCUUUUUUUUUUUUUUUUUUCUUUGUGACUCGCAAUCAUGGAUCUACGAGGAGACGUAGUACAUGUCAAUUGGAUACGCUAUUUGUAUUUUGGGGUGGUGAUCAUCACCUCUUUAUAUAAACCAUCCCUCGCACAUGACAGGAAUGAGCAGCAGUCUGCAACUCCAAGCCUGCCAACAGUUACCGUUCGUGGGUUUCUAAAUUUCAAAACCACCGUAGAUGGGACUGUUAUUGUAUUCACUCCAGCAUCUGAAGCUGCACCACCCGCCACUGAACCAGAACCAAUAAAAUUAUCGUCUGAAAAACCCAGUCCUUCAAGUUUAUUAGAGGAUGAACUAUUCAGCUCUCAGAAAGCAAUGCCCGAUGAUGUUCAAGAUCUAUCUUUUGCUUCACCACCACAAAAUUCUUUAGGGCCAAUUAAAACACAAGUUCCUGGUUUGAAUCUGUUAGAUAAUAAAAUGAGGGAGCCAUUCCUUCAGCACAUAUCAGACAAUGCUGUUUUACCUUCCACAGGACAAGUAAAUAACGAUCUUGACAAAAUUAGAAAAAUUCAGUCCUCACAAAACCAAUACCCCACAGGGCUAGUUACAGUCCUUGGAGGCACAUUUGUUGACGGGCCUUCAACAACUAUUUAUGAAACAAAAGUGAUUGGUACUUACAUUGAUGGCAAAUACGCACAAAUACUUCAGAGUACUUCUCAUAUUGUUGCUCCUUCUCCAUCUGUUCCUUCAAGUUACUCUUUUGGAAUAAGUUCUGUUUCACGAGGCCAGAAUAAGGAAACUCCGCAAUUAUCUAUGGAUACUUUUAAAAUGUUUUCACCGUUUUCUUCUACGGCAUCGAUGGAUUCACCAAUUCCUCAAAUAAAACUGUCUACCAGCUCCAUUAUUAAAUCGAUUGUUAUAAGUCCUACACCAGUGAUUUCUGCAUCUGGAGUAAGUAAAACUGUAAAUAAUAAUUACAGUAACAAAGUUUCUUCCCAAAGUGCGAAUGUCCUUAACUCCCUCUCAAUCAUUGAAGAAAAAAAAAUUUCAAGCCCGGCAACCCUUAAACCAAGUGAAGCUAAAUCGUCUCAGAAACCACUGGAAUCAUCGUUUUCAAAAAUGGAAUCAACAGUUAUACGUGAUACUGAACUACCUACUGAAUCCUUGGAGAAUGUUAGGAAAAGCAGCGUUCUUUCCGAUUCAUCUCGUCUACCUAUUAUUUCUACAGUUAUUCGCCUUCCAGAUGAAGACAACACAGUUGUUGCUCAGCCCAAAAGUCACAGGAAUAGUACUUCCAGAAACCGGUUUCUGUCUCCUCGCAGACCAUCUCAAUCGGUUCAGUUAAAUCGUUUUAAAGUCAAACUUACCUUACGACAUGAUUCUGCUGAUGAAUACAAUGUAACACUCGCAAGUGAUGAUGAAGAUUUGGAAGAAGACCAUACAAAUAAAGCCGAGGAUGAAACUGAAGUUGUAACAGAGGGUAUUGGUGCUGCUGUUGAUCCUGCAAGGGUAGUAUUCCAAGAAACUACUAUUACUAGUGAAGUUACUCUUCAUGUAGGUCGACGAAAAUCUGUCCGUACACUUACUAUUACAACAUCUGUUCCCCUAACUGUAAACCCUACUGAUAUACAAGACAUCCUGGCAUCUCAAUCAACUGCAAUGGACAGAGAAAAUACAGCCUCAGAUGCUUAUAAUAUAGUUACGAGAACAUUUACUACCACUGAAAGAGCUUUGAAAACAUCAGUAGUCCCAAUAUUUGAUGGAAAACAAACAACGUUUCAUACGGUCACUGAAAGUUUCUUUAUUAUGAAAAUUAUAACAGCUUAUAGAACAUUACCCCCAGGAGAUGCGACAGUUCUAGAGUCUAUACUUGAUGAACCGGAAAUUAGUGCAACUACCUUAGAGGUGGCAGCUAAUAUUCAACCUUCAGUAAUUCAAUCACCCCCUCCGGAUCAAAUAUCCACAGAGAGUUUAGUGCAGCCAUCUAUAACACUUCCAUCUGGCAGUAAUAACAAUCCUCAGCUAACAAACCCUUUGUUAUCCUUGGGCCAUGCAUUAUCAAAUAAUCCAUUAGCUGCAGUCUAUUUAGGACUCCAACAGCUUAAUGCACAGAUGACUCUAUAUUCCACUGUUACAGAUACAUCGACUUAUGUGACUACAGAAACAUUUUACAGUACUAAGACUAUACGAUUAUAUGAUGGAAGAUCAACACGCUACAGAAAGAUUUCAGAACCUGUGUCAACGAAGAAAAGUACCGUAACAACUACUAUAACAUCUGUACAACCGUAUCUUAAUACUCAUGCUUUACAACAGCAACAGCAAUUACAGAAACUUAUUGCAGCUACCCAACUACAGCCACAAUAUAGUACUUUAACAUCUACUUACACUACAGUAACAGUAACUUCAAGUUUGAGUACACGAAUUUACACUCUUAUUUAUAAUGGGUUCAGUACUAAAUUCAGGACAGUAACAAGUACAACUACUUACCCUACAACAGUCGUAAUUACUAGCACUACUAAAGUGCCCAUAACCCCAACACAAGUUAAUGUACCUUUUGUUUAUCCCUACUCCGCAUAAAAAGACUAUCUGCAGAUAUAUUCAGAAUUAUAUGAUUGACUAAUAGUCAAGUCAUUUUGUUAAACACGAGUAUUUUACUCUCUAAUGAAAAAAAUAAGACUAUAGUCAACAUUUUGGGCUGCAAAUAUCCCCAAUUUUUGGCAUAUUAUUUCAACUGAAAAAGGAUAAUUUUAAAGUAAUUUGUUCAACAGAGAAAAAUUUAUCUUAUCUAAUCGAGUACUAUAUUACUUAUUCAAAAGUAGUUUAAAGCAAGAUAUGUGUACGUGAAUACAAAAUAACUUACAAUAACAAGAAAAUAUAAUAGUUUUCUUUUGUAUAAUUACAGUUCGUGGAUAUCACUGCCAACUGAGGAUACUGUUAUUUGAUUGCAAAACUGUAAAUAAAUUAAUUCCUAAAAAGCUCAAAUAUUAAGAAAUUCACUAAAUCACUUGUUUCUAGGUACUGGACGUAUAAGAAAUUCUCAAGAAUAAUAUUCUAUUUUUCAGGUUGAAGUAAUAUUAAUUUAUGAUGCGGAAAUUGUUUUCAAAAUGAAAUUAAAAAUUAGAAGAAACUAUCAAUAUGCUUUAAGUGUGUUUCAAUGUAUGCGCGAUAAUCAUUAUUAGAAGCAAAAGAACUUGUUUGUUAAUUAAUUAUAUUAAAGUAAAGAGCAUUUUAUAUUCCCCUCGUAUUAUAUGAAAAUGUUUUACAUUUAAUUGUAUAAAAUAACUAUAUAUUGAAACUCUAACUUAUUAAAUCUUCAUUAGCGUUCAGAGACAUGUUUAAUAAUCCAUUUACAGAAAGUCUUUUUGUUUAAUUUGCUUUUACUUUCUAAAUUAGGAUAGUAUUUUACAGGUUGCUUUUCAAUGUUUGCUUACAUUCAGAACCUCCGUAUUUCUGCAGAGCGAAGAUUAUGCUCUUUCUAAUCAAAUAUUUGAACCAGUAACAAACAAUAAAUAUUUGACACCAAAACUUCAUCCUAUGUCAAUUAUUUUUUUUAUGUUACUGAAGUAUUAUUAUAGUCCGUUAUCACUUCCGUGUUGCAAACGAGGUAAAAGUGCUAUUGCUGUUAAAAAUCUUUCAGAAAUUAAAACAGCACAAUUUAUGAUUUGUUCUUUCAAGCUGCAUACUUAACUAACUAACGCAAAAUUCUGUUUAAAAACCUGCAUUAAAGAAAACAUUUCUAUUACGUUUUCCUAAUCGCAAAAAUACCUUGAAAAUUUUCGGCUAAUAUUGCUCUAAAUCUUAAAUAAAAUUAUUAUUAGGAUUUUUCCAAAUUAUCUAGGACUUACAAUGCAAACAUCUUACAUAAAUAACAUUAAAAAUCAUAAUGCUUCCAAUUUAAAAUAAACAGUUCUCGCGCAAAAAUUGGUUACUUGAAUGACAGAGAAUAAGUGCCAUGCAAAAUAAAAUGUUUAUAAGUAAUUAUCAAAGGACUAUUAUAGAAAGUAAUAACUGCUUGUGAAUAUUUUUGCAUGCACUUGAUGGUACAUUCAUUCAUCUUAAGAAACCAGCGAUUUUAAGAUUUUCUAUUUAUGCCUGACUUUAUGUAAUGAAUUUAUGUAAUGAAAGCUACUACUAAAUUAAUAACCAUAUAUUCGUAAUUAACCUUUAACGCAAUAUACUGUAAUUUGUGGUGAAAUAUUGGAGCAUAUAAUCGAUUUUUUAAGCCACGUGACUAGGAAAAUUUGCUUUUGUUUCCUGCAUAAUCUGCAGAUGAAAGAACCAGUAAUGUAUUAUUCUCAAAGAGAGGUUUGAAGACUCGUAUCAUUUCAGUAUUAAGUCCUGAAAAAGAAAAAAAAAAGACACAAAAAGGUAGAACAUUGCAUUUUUUUAUCUUGAAAUUAAUAUUUUUAUUAAUAUUUCUUAUUUAAGGAUAUAUAAUAUGCAUACUUUAUAAUUUGCUAAAAUCCUUAACUGCGCGUUUCCAAGAAAGUAACUAUUUUCAAUAGUUCUAUUCAAAGUAACUAUCUUCAACUAUAACAAGUAAAAACCAUUUUCAGUGAUUUUAAAGUGUAGGUUUGAAAGACCAGUUUAAAUUGAAAAGUUAAAAUUUUCAUGAAGUUGUACCAGUUGAUUUAAUAUGGUGUUUUUAACCUGUAUUAAAAAUCAGCUGUCAAGUGCAGCCAUUCAUGUUUAAUUUUCUUUCAUGCAUUUGGUUAAGAAUCCAAAUUCGCUUUAAUUCCUUUGCAAAAUUAAUAUUUUAUCUGUGCAAUUUCAGUUUUACGACUUUAAUAUGAAUACGGUAUCAGAUACAGUAAAAAAAGGGCUGUAUAGAAAAUUCAGUUUCUUCCCUUAUGGAAGAUAAUCUUCCAAAAUCGAUGUACCUUUAGUUGAUGAUCUUGACUGAUGAUUUCCAUUAUUGGAUAAAAAUUUUCACGACCAUUUGAUGUACAUUUUCUACAAUUAAAGUUAACUGAAUAUAAUUUAUCAGUAUUUUAAUUAGCUACUGAUAAAAUUAGAUAUAUUUGAUUAGAUAGGGUUAAAGCAUUUUAUUUAGAUAUAAACACAGAUAAAAAAAUAUCAUUACUUUAAAGGGAAUGAAAAUUAUGACACAAUGAUGUUCUAACUCUAUUAUUUACAUGCAUUUUCUUUUCUUCAUUCUUUCUCUUCAAUCUUUUCUUCAAUUUUCUUCUUUUUUCAUGCAAUUUGCUACUACUUUUAGAGAGUUGGAAAGCUUAAAAACUUCAUAAUGAUUAUGCAAUUAUUUAUUUUUUAUGUAACAUAAAAAAGCAUUUCAGACCAUCAUACCAUCAAAGUUGAAGUUAGAAUUGAGUUAGAAUUUGCAUUUCUAUUAACUAUUAUUACUUGCGACAAUUUCUUAAAUUCUAUUUAGGACCUUUGAAAUGUGUUUUAAAGAGUCACUGUUUUUUCUGGAAUAUCUGAAAAUAUUUUGUUCUUACUACUUGCAUUUGAACUGGUUAUACGUUUCACAAUAUGCUAUAUAAGUCAGUAAAUUUCCCUUAUGUAAAAUAUGUAUAUUAAUGUGAAAUUUUAAUUUUUAAUAAAGAUAUAUACAAGUA